UUUUCACAGACAUACCCUACUGUGCGAGGAGGGCUGGGCCGCCAGGACCACGACCACCUCCCGCCAGACGCGUUCAUUGGCGGUAGAGCCGCUUGGAGGACGAAGAGGAGGAGGAGGGCACGUUUCGAACGCUAGCGUUUUCCCCGGGCUGGACCGCCUUUGCGAGCGUUCCACGGUUCGAACGCCGAGUGGGGAAAGGAAAGGGAAACCCCCACGAUCGCAGGCUCUCAGCGUUCGGAGGCUGGAACGUUGCCGCUCUCCGCGUUCUGCAGGCAGCGUGCAGCGCACCGUCUCCAGCGGGGCUCCUUCCUUUUAAAUCUCACUCCACCGCCCCCCGCCCCCCCCGCCUUCCUCAACUCGCAACUUUGCCCAGUGCAACUUUGCUCAUAGCUUGCUCGGCGGCGGCGGUGCCACCCAUUUCCACCCGAUUCCUUUUCUCCCCACCCCGCGCGUGUCCACCCAGUGUUGGUUCUGAUUGACUUUUUCUGGGGACGUGCUGGGCGUCCCUGGCUUAUCUCCGUCCCUGGUAGGGAAUGUGGAAAUGGCCGGUGACAGGAGCCCCGGGGUCUUCUUGUGCCGGCGACGCUUCGGGCUCCUGCUGUUGGCGGCGGCCGGACUGUGCGGCGGGGUCUCCGGAGUCAAGAAUCCCAGCUGCCACGAAGUGAGGACGGCGUUUCAGAUCCGCCAGAUCGGCCCCCUCAAGCUGGUGCCCGAUGUUCCCACAGCCGAUUCCAACUUACAGAUCUGCCAGCACAAAGUGCAAACAUGUUGCACUAGAAAGAUGGAAGAAAGCUAUCAAGUAGCAGUUCGGAGAGAAAGGAUGGAGAACAUCCAGACUCUAAAUUUUGAACUGAAAUAUAUGAUUGUCGGUCACAUCACAGCUUUUCAAGCGGCCUUUGAGUCCUUGCUUCGCUUUGCUGAGAACCAUACGACUUCUCUGUUUGAGACUGUCUACAGAUCCAUGUCAAAAGAAGCAGCAGAGCCUGUCAAAGAGCUCUUUACAGACAUCUCUCUCUACCUCUUGGGCGCUCAGACCACAGUGGAAAGUGUCCUUUUCCGGUUCUUCGACAGCCUCUUCCCUUUGGUUUACAGCCGCCUAAUCAACCCAGGCAUGGCGAGUCUGUCCGAGGAGUAUACAGAGUGCCUGCGGCUAACGCGGCAAGAUAUAAAUCCAUUUGGACUCUGUUCUAAAGAAGCAGUUACAAAGUUGGAAAAGUCUCUUUGGGCAAGCAGGACAUUCAAUCAGGCCCUGGGUAUAGGCAUUGAAGUACUGAAUGCUACUGAACACGCCACGUUGACAAAGGAAUGCAGCAGAGCCCUAGUGAAGAUGCAGUAUUGCCCACAUUGCCAAGGUCUGACUCUGAUCAGACCCUGUGAAGGAUAUUGUCUUAAUGUCAUGAGGGGCUGUUUUGCCAGCAUAUCUGAACUGGACUCUCAGUGGAGGGAAUAUAUCUAUACCCUGGAGUAUCUCACUAACGAAAUGGCUGGAUCGCAUGAUCUAGAAGCGGCACUUUUGGGUAUCCGGAAUUCAAUCAAUGACGCCAUCUUGCAUGCCCAGCUGAAUGGACCCCACCUGUCUGCAACUGUAGAUAAAGUGUGUGGACAGCCUGAAGAAAAAGAAGUGAGACCUUUACCAGACAACAUAGUUCAAGCAAAGGAAGUAACUGAGACACAGGCUCUGACAAUGACACACUCAAAUACUCUAAGCAGUAAAAGGAGUUCUCUGCCUCUGAAAGCUUCAAAGAAUGACAAAUCCAGAAGUUUGAAAAAAAUGGCCCGGGAAUUCAUCAACUACAUGAAACGAUCCAGAACACUCUAUGCCUCUUUAACUGAAAGACUCUGUGAUGGUGAUCUUGUGAUGAAAGACAGUUCGACUUGCUGGAACGGAGAGGAUGUUGUAGAAAGUUAUACAAGCAGAGUGGUUACCAAUGGGAUGAAGGCACAAAUUAAUAACCCAGAAUUGAAAGUCAGAGGAAUGGACCCACACGUCAGCAACUUAAUUGCUAAACUGCAACAAUUUAAUCAGGGGGCGACUGAGAAAACAAACUUAAAGUCGGAAAGAAUGGCUAUCAGGGACGGCGGCAGUGGGAAUGGAAUGAAUGAAGAGGUGGGAUCCAGUGGAGAAUGUGAUGAUGAGGACGGAUGUCAAGGAUCUGGUGAGAGAAGCCUCACGAAAGGUAGGUCCAAUAGUUUUGCAUAGAUUCA